UGUAAUGCCAUUAGACAAAGGUGCGUUUCAGGUCACAAAGCCGUUACAGAAGGAUGGAUGGAUCGUCAGACUGAGUGAAUGCACCUGCACAUGUGGGGAGUUUCAAUCGGAAAAGUUCCCAUGUCUGCACGCUCUAGCAGUCUGCGAGAAGCUGAAAAUCAACCCUUUGCAAUAUGUAGACGACUGUUACACUCUUGAACAACUACACAAAACUUAUGCAGCCACGUUUUAUCCUGUUCCAGAAGUAUCAGCUUGGCCGGAAGCUUCUGGAGUUCCAACAUUGUUCCCUCCACCUCCAGUCAUUCUGCCACCACCGCCUCCACCUGCAGUCAUUCGGACUCCACCUAACGUAUCAAGUAAGCCCCCAACACAAACCUAGUACUUGCACUAGUAAGAAGAUGAGCUGAAAGUAGGAUUAAACUGGUUUGGGUUAUAUAUAUUGUAAUGUCGUAAAAAAGACACUACGUGCUUUUGUUUGUGAAUAAGUAAAACAAUGCUGUGUGAGAGUUACGCAUUUUGGUAAGCGCAGUCCAUUAAUCAAAGACAAAUCCGGUAUUAUAUAGCA